AUACUUCAUCCUGCUCUGAAAACAAACACAAUGGCUUCACUCCCAGUUGUGCUGUUUCUGGCUACUGUGCUGCUACCAUCUUUCCCCACCGAAGCAAAGGAUCCAUCCUUUACUGCGCUGUUAACCACUCAAACGUAAGUCCAAAGAGAGAUUGUAAAUAAACACAAUGAACUAAGGAAAUCAGUCUCUCCACCUGCCAGCAACAUGCUAAAGAUGGAAUGGAGCAGAGAAGCAACAGCAAAUGCUCAGAAGUGGGCAAACAAGUGCAACUUUAGACACAGUAAUCCAGAUGACCGGAAGACCAGUACAAAAUGUGGUGAGAAUCCCUACAUUUCAAGUGACCCUACUGCCUGGUCAGAUGCAAUCCAAAGCUGGUUUGAAGAACACCACAAUUUUGUCUAUGGUGCAGGACCAAAGAGCUCCAGUGCAAUUGCUGGACAUUAUACCCAGCUUGUUUGGUACUUUUUCCAUGUUGGAUGUGGAAUUGCCUACUGUCCCAAUCAGGAGAGUCUAAAACACUACUAUGUUUGCCAGUACUGUCCUGCUGGUAAUAAUGUGAGUAAAAAGAGUACCUCUUACCAACAAGGAACACCUUCUGCCAGUUGCCCUGAUAACUGUGACAGUGGACUAUGCAGUAACUCAUCUGUUUUUGUUACAACCAAUUCUUGUGAGUAUGAAGAUCUCCUUAGUAACUGUGAUUCCUUGAAGAAAACAGCUGGCUGUGAACAUGAAUUGCUCAAGGAAAAGUGCAAGACUACUUGCCUAUGUGAAGGCAAAAUUUACUGA